AUGUACGCUGCUUCCAAGUCUCCCAAGCAAUGGGUCGCAUCCCUCAACUCUGAGAUGGAUAUUCCCGCCGUCGACCGUCGUACUUCCAUCAUCUGUACCAUCGGUCCCAAGUCCAACAGCGUUGAGACUAUGUCCAAGCUCCGUGAUGCUGGUAUGAACAUUGUUCGUAUGAACUUCUCCCACGGCUCUUACGAAUACCACCAAUCUGUCAUCGACAACGCUCGUAAGGCCUCUGCUACCAACCCUCUUUUCCCCUUGGCCAUUGCCUUGGAUACUAAGGGUCCUGAAAUCCGUACCGGUUUCACCAUUGACGGCCAAGACUACUCCGUCUCCACUGGUCACGAAAUGAUCUUCACCACUGAUGAAGCUUAUGCCGAAAAGUCCGACAACAAGGUCAUGUACAUUGACUACCAAAACAUCACCAAGGUUAUUGAAGUCGGCCGUACCAUCUACGUUGACGAUGGUAUCCUCUCCUUCACCGUCAUCGAGAAGAUCGAUGACAAGAACUUGAAGGUCCGCACCAACAACAACGGCAAGAUUUCCUCCAAGAAGGGUGUUAACUUGCCUAAGACCGAUGUUGACUUGCCCGCUCUUUCUGAAAAGGACAAGUCUGACUUGCGCUUUGGUGUCAAGAACGGUGUUGACAUGAUCUUUGCCUCUUUCAUCCGUCGUGCUGAAGACGUUCACAACAUCCGUGAAGUCUUGGGUGAAGACGGUAAGAACAUCAAGAUUCUCUGCAAGAUCGAGAACCAACAAGGUGUCAACAACUACGAUGAAAUCCUUGAAGCCACCGACGGUAUCAUGGUUGCCCGUGGUGAUUUGGGUAUUGAAAUUCCCGCCUCUCAAGUCUUCGUCGCCCAAAAGAUGAUGAUUGCCAAGGCUAACAUUGCCGGUAAGCCUAUUGCUUGUGCCACUCAAAUGCUCGAGUCCAUGACCUACAACCCUCGUCCCACUCGUGCCGAAGUUUCCGAUGUCGGUAACGCUGUCCUCGACGGUGCUGACUUGGUCAUGCUUUCCGGUGAAACCGCCAAGGGUAGCUACCCCAUCGAAGCCGUCACCUACAUGGCUGAGACUGCUCGUGCUUCCGAGGCUUCUAUCCCCUACGGCAACCUCUACCAAGAGAUGUUCUCUCUUGGCCGCAAGCCCGUCAACACCCCCACUGAGACCACCGCUGUCGCUGCCAUCGGUGCCUCCAUCGAGAGUGACGCCAAGGCCAUCAUUGUCUUGUCAGUCACCGGUACCAGUGCUCGUCUCUGCUCCAAGUACCGUCCCUCUAUCCCCAUCAUCAUGGUUACUCGUGAUGCUCAACGUGCUCGUCAAUCUCACCUCAACCGUGGUGUCUACCCCUCUAUUUAUGACAAGGCUGCCCUCUCCGACUGGCAACAAGAUGUUGAUGCUCGUGUUGCUUUCGGUUGCGAGCAAGGUUACAAGAUGGGUCUCCUCAAGAAGGGUGACAACGUUAUUGUCCUCCAAGGUGCCGUCGGUGGCAAGGGUCACACCUCCAUCUUCCGUCUCACCAAGGCCGAAUAA